CAAAAUAACAAACAAACGCGUACCUCAAUGGAGACCGCCAACAAACUCGCGCUAUCUUCUUCUUCUUCUUCCCUCCCUCUCUCCUCGAACCUCCAAGAAUUCCCCUCCCUCUUCACCAGCCUCAACACUCUCCUCCUCUCCUCCCCAAACCCUAGCAAACCCUACGGCAAAAACCCCAGACCCCCCUCAUUCUCCUCCCUCUCCCUCUCCCCUCGACGAAACCCUAACCCCAGCACAUCCCUCCUGAAAUCCCUCUCCCUCCUCGACCGAUCCCUCAUAGGCGCCGGCGGCGCGCAGAUCGCCGGCGCCUUCACCUACGUCUGCCUCCUCCCCAUCGACACAUCAAAACCAAGCUCCAGACGAAGGGCGCGCGCCAAGGUCUACUCCUCGCCCCUCGACUGCGCCAGUCAAGACUUCAGAUCCGAUGGGAUAUCUAAGGGUUUUACCAGCGGCGUGUCGGCGGUGCUCGUCGGGUCGUCGACGAGCUCGGCGAUUUACUUCGGGACUUGCGAGUUUGGGAAGGCGAUGUUGGGGAAGCUGCCGGCUUACCCUCCGAUUUUGAUUCCGCCGACCGCGGGGGCGAUGGGGAAUGUUGUGUCGUCGGCGAUUAUGGUGCCGAAGGAGUUGAUUACGCAGAGGAUGCAGGCUGGGGCUGCUGGGCGUUCUUGGGAGGUAUUGCUGAGAAUCCUUGAAAAAGAUGGGAUCUUGGGUCUCUAUGCUGGAUAUUCUGCUACACUGUUAAGAAACUUGCCUGCGGGAAUUUUGAGCUACUCGUCGUUUGAGUACUUGAAGGGAUUUGUCUUGCGAAGUACUGGCAAAGGCAACCUCGAUCCCAUAGAGAGUGUGUGUUGUGGAGCUUUCGCAGGGGCAAUAUCGGCAAGUCUGACUACACCAUUGGAUGUAGUCAAAACGAGGUUUAUGACCCAAGUUCAGGCUCAAGGUGCUAAUAAGAUUACAGAAAUGGCGAGGCAAAUAUUGAUGGAGGAGGGGUGGAAAGGGUUGACGAGGGGAGUUGGACCUAGGGUUCUUCAUAGUGCUUGCUUUUCAGCGAUAGGGUACUUUGCGUUCGAGACGGCAAGGAUGGCAAUUCUUAAUCAGUAUAUUGAGCAGAGGAAAGAGGCUUUGAUCGACGAGGCAGUCCAAAAUCAAUAGAUGGAAUUGACAGAAGGUGAUACUUCUAUUUUUGUGCGUUUUCAAUGUUCUUAGAAUAAUGCUUAGUGCUUGCAUUUUCAUGAUGAAAUUCUUUGAUUGGCUAGUAAGUUGAGGCUAGUACUGUGUUCAUGUUAAAUUUAGAUAGGGCCUUGUUGAUUUGGAAGAAGUUCUGUUCUGUAAUCACUCUUGUUAUGAUAAUAAUUUGAAUAAGGUGUACUUUGCAUUUGAAA